AUGCCGAGACACGAUUCAAGCGCUGGGAAGCCUCAGAAGAAGAGCAAGAGUCAGUCCCCAUCUCAUGCACCCAUACACUCCCUUGUGAGAGUGCGGAGGUCGGGCUCGAGUCGCCGUCUCGACUUCGCAACCCACUCCGCGAGCGGUCAUCGUCCCGUGACCUGAGAGCAGCGGGCCGCUGGAGCUGACCUCGAUCCCCCUCCUUCUGCGUGUCGACAACAGACUCGAGCCACAAGAAAGCGACGUAGGUACCAGUCAAAGUGGUACACGUCCAAUAGCCCGGAGGAAGGGCCCUGCACUUACCUCCGCUCCCGGUUGCCCCUGGCUGGCCAUUCCGCAUACACUCAGCACCAAGCCUGGUCGAUCGUCCAACUUUAACGCUUUUCUGAAUGUGAGUGCGGAAUGGUCCCAUCCAUCUGUCCCAGCGAUCUGAUGAGGCUGAUACAAAUCUCGACCUGGCAUACCUCUUAUCGACUUUGCUGACGGACAUGCGAACGCUUAUCGAGACGUGCAGGUGAAAUUGGCCGAGCUGAAGAAAUCCGAGCCGACACUGUCCCAUGCUGAACGGCUCAAGCAGAUCAAUGAUCUUUGGAAGGUGGGCUCGAAAGACAUCCGCCAACUCCUCGGGCGUCGAUCCCGUGUUUGCAAAGCUGGCUGAUGGUCCGUGCUGACUUCCCUCGGCUCGUGACGUUCGGUAGAUCGAGACGGGCAAGAAGAAGCAGUAG